AUGCCUACUGCAACGCCUCUUCCAGACUCUCAAAUCCCGACAAAUCCUCCUGAUCUCUCCAAGAAACUGCCCAAACUCGUGCCGCGACGGAGCAAGCCAUCAGAAGAAGCGGCAUCGAAUCCUCCCCCACCAACUCCAGCCCUCGCAGCGGCCCCGAACCUCCAAGACCACAAAUAUCAGAAGCCCGCACGACGAAUCCUCUCCCAACGCGAUCAUGAGCUGUUCCUCGCUUCGCCCACUCAUGAUCUGAUUGUCAGCUUCGUCUUCCAUCUCUCCGACUCGGUUCGCAACACCACCAUCCGCAAUGUACAGUCCUCGGAUCAAGCCCAAGACCCUUCCAUACUCGCCCUCCUGGCAGUUCUCGAUGAGGCAGAAGAGCUCCGUAAGAAGACUCCGGCGUUAGAUACCGGCUCUCGCUUCGGCAAUCCAGCUUUCCGCGAUUUCCUCGAUGCAGUAGACACUGCUCUGCCCUCAUGGCACACCAAACUCGGCGUCACGUCCAGCUCAGCUCAAUCCGAAGUCUCCACCUACCUCGCCAGCGCCUUUGGUAACGGCAGCAGAAUAGACUACGGAUCCGGCCACGAACUCAACUUCAUCCUCUGGCUCCUCUGCCUCCGCCAAAUCGGCAUUCUUCACCAACAUACCUUCCCCGCCCUCACGCUGCUGGUCUUCCCCCGCUACCUCCGCGUCAUGCGCGACAUUCAAUCCACUUACUAUCUCGAACCCGCCGGUUCCCAUGGCGUGUGGGGUUUAGACGACUAUCAAUUCCUUCCCUUCCUCUUCGGAGCUUCCCAAUUAGUCGGCCACAAACACAUCCGACCCUUAUCCAUCCACAACGAACUCAUUCUCGAAGAAUGCAGUCCCGACUACCUCUAUCUCGACCAAAUCCAAUGGGUCAACGCCACCAAAACCGUCCAAGGUCUGCGCUGGCACUCGCCCAUGCUCGACGACAUCUCCUCCGCCAAAAACUGGGCCAAAGUAGAAGCGGGCAUGAAAAAAAUGUUCUUGGCCGAAGUGUUGGGGAAAUUGCCCGUCGCGCAGCAUUUUUUGUUCGGGAGUCUCUUGUCUGCUGCUGAGGACAUGUCGCGGGAUGUGGAGCAGUUGGUGGGAGAGGAGGAUGUCGGAGAGGUGGAAGUUACGGUCGAAGGUAUGAAACAUACACAUUCGGCGAAUCGGUGGGGGGAUUGUUGUGGGAUUAAAGUCCCUAGUGCUGUGGGUGCGAGACAGGAGAUGAGUAAAAUGGGUGGCGGAGGUGGGUUGAGGAGGGUGCCUUUUGAUUGAUUGGAUUGGAUUUGGAUUGAUGGAGAUUUGUCGACGUGAUGAUUAUGGGGAGGAGGAUAUACGGCUAUUGGAAGAAGAAGAAGAAGAAGAAGAAGAAGACGGUGAAGGAGAAGAGCUCUGAGAACAGAGACAGAAGAAUAGGGAAAGAAAGACAUGACAAGAACUAAGAGGUACCCUUACAGUAAGUAGGUAAUGAC